CCUUUCCUGCAGCCAUGCCACUUCUUUGACAACUCGGCCCGCGAAGAGUGGGCGGAGCCUCCCGGCCAGUGACGUAAGAAGCCGGGGGCGGGGCCACCGACUUGCACAGGUGGAGAAGGGACAGGUGGAGGCGGAUGCGAAGGAGGCUCGAACGGGACGUUUCUGGUGAGGGAGAAGGUAGCUUGGGGCAACCAAAAUCUCCAGGAAGCAUCACGAGUAAUUUGGAAAAAUGUUUUCAGACUUAGAGGACAUAGAGGAGGAUAAGCUGGGCAUCCCUACUGUUCCCGGGACAGUGACUUUGAAGAAGGAUGCUCAAAAUCUAAUAGGGAUCAGCAUUGGAGGAGGAGCUCAGUAUUGCCCCUGUCUCUAUAUUGUUCAGGUGUUUGAUAACACUCCUGCAGCUCUAGAUGGAACAUUGGCAGCGGGAGAUGAAGUCACAGGUGUAAAUGGAAAGUCAGUGAAAGGAAAAACCAAAGUCGAAGUGGCUAAAAUGAUACAGAUGGUGAAGACGGAAGUGACGAUUCACUACAACAAACUUCAGGCUGAUCCAAAGCAGGGAAAGACCCUGGAUAUUGUGCUAAAGAAAGUGAAGCACCGUCUGGUGGAGAACAUGAGCUCAGGGACAGCGGAUGCUCUGGGGCUGAGUCGAGCCAUUCUCUGUAAUGAUGGCCUGGUAAAGAGACUGGAAGAGUUGGAGAGAACUGCUGAGCUGUACAAAGGGAUGACAGAACACACAAAGCAGCUCCUCAGAGCUUUCUUUGAACUAUCCCAGACUCAUAGAGCAUUUGGUGAUGUUUUCUCAGUCAUUGGUGUUCGGGAGCCUCAGCCAGCUGCUAGUGAAGCAUUUGUAAAAUUUGCAGAUGCCCAUCGCAGUAUUGAGAAAUUUGGGAUACACCUUCUCAAAACCAUCAAGCCGAUGUUGACAGACCUGAACACUUACUUGAAAAAAGCAAUUCCAGAUACAAGGGUAACUAUCAAGAAGUAUUUGGACGUCAAGUUUGAAUAUUUGUCUUACUGUCUCAAAGUGAAGGAAAUGGAUGAUGAGGAAUACAGCUGCAUUGCACUUGGAGAACCGCUCUAUCGGCUCAGCACUGGGAAUUACGAAUACAGAUUAAUCUUACGUUGCCGCCAAGAAGCACGUACACGUUUUGCCAAGAUGAGGAAGGAUGUUCUAGAAAAGGUGGAGCUGCUAGACCAGAAACAUGUGCAAGACAUUACAUUCCAGCUUCAACGCUUUGUUUCCACCCUUUCCAAAUACUAUGAUGACUCCUAUGCUGUGCUGAGGGAUGCAGAUGUCUUCCCCAUUGAAGUGGAUUUGGCACGAACCACCCUGAGUUACGGCCAGAAGGAUGUCUUCACAGAUGGGGCUGAGGAGGAGGAUGACGAUGAUGAGGAGAUCAGUGGAGCUGUUGAAUGUCACAAGAAAGAGGAGGAGGAUGUUGAGAAACUCAUUGACGAUGCCUGAGUUCAUGGAUUUGAUGAACUAGAAAAUCCUUGCAAGAGACUCAUAAAUUAUAUUUCUCUAGGCAACUUGUCCAAAGUGGCUUUUCUCUCAGUAUAAGGCCAGCCACAGGAAAUCAAGAUUGCUUGUGGAAGCUUGAAAAUAACUUGUACCCAAGGCACUUUUGCACAGUCCCUCCCAAAAAAAUCCUCCUCUGUCUUUCUGAAUGGCCUUUUCUCAUAAUCCCAUUGGUCAUAUUGAGGUGGUAGGAGGAAAUUACCUUCCUGAAAUAUCUUUUAGUCCUCAUCCAGUAUUGCUCUCCAUGCAGAGGGGUGUGUGAUUGAACGUGUGGGAUACAGAUCUGCAUAUAUCUGGUCACUAAAAUAGUGUGAUCCGCCCAGGCUUCUCUUGUAUUCAUUAAGUCCACAAAACAAACUGUGGAAUAGCCAAAUAGUUUUCAUUCCUUUUAAAUUUUCUCCUCCACUGUUAACCUCUAACUGUGUUUCUUUAGCUGGUGAGUUAGAGUGAGAACAUGUUGGUUCCCUUUAUUAAUCUUUAUUAGACACGAAAGGAUGGAAGGUAAAUGAAAAUUGAAUGAAGCAAAAUGAAGCCUUGGUGCAACUGAUAAUUUAAAGGGUGCUGGAGGAGAAUCAGUCUCAGCUAUAUCAUUAUAGAUAGGCAAUGUGGAACAUGACAUUGAGGCUAAAUAACAAUGCUUCAUGUUCCCAAGCCCCACUGGUUUUUAUGUGCAAUGAGUUAUGGCUGGCCUUAACCAAAUUUGAUCCUUAAGGAUCACAUUGCCUGCCUUGUAUGCUCUCCCACAUAGGUGCCUCAUUGGAUGCUCUUUAUAAAAAACGUACGCCUUAUCCAGUAUUUAACAAGGUGUUAGAAUAGAAAACUAUAUAUAUCAAGAGGGAUAGGGAAUGGUGUCUAUGGAAGAAGUCAGAGUUAACAAAUUUGGACACUGCGGCUCUCAAUUUGUUCCCUACAUUUUUCAUGACAUUCACACACACACACAAUUACUUUUUAUGCAUUAAGAAAUACUGUUUCUGAGCACAGAGAGCCUAUUAUGGGCUCCACACACACAUCCAGACACACACUAACACCAAAGGAAACGUGGGGAAGAUGCUCAGAUAUUAUAAGGGGGAAUUCUCCUAAUUCUGUACCAUUAUGAGGUUUUAAACUGGCGUGUUUGUUUAUGUUUAGCAAAGAGUGAUCUUCUGGAAAUAAGGGAAACUGGUUUUUCCACACCGUGCAAUAUAAGGACAUUAAUUUGACAUAUGCUUCUUCUUGGUUUUUGUUUUCUGUUGCUUCUUUCUCUGUAAAUGACCACAAAAAGCCACACAGCCCAGGGUGCAUUUCUGUAGGCUUUUAUACAUCAAAUGGAUAGAUAGCUAAUAAAGAGAAACAUGAACUUUC